UAUCAUUCUAUUCCAGGUACGCAAGUGUGGUAACGCUUGUCCCUUUCUACUUGAGUCUAUCUCUUCAGUCUUGACUCUUGAGUCUUGAGGCUCUUUCAAUUUUUCUUCAAAAGUUUCUGGAUCUUUUCACCACAUACAGUGUCUCGAACACAUUACUUUAAUCAUACUCUCAUAUUUCAGUCAGCGUUAACUAACUAAUUAACUUGCUUUAAUAUUUAUUUUAUUAUUUUAUUACGAAUUACAAUCUACAUAUAAUGUAAUAUAUAUGAAUGUGUACUGUGUGAAUUGUGAACGCAGUAGUUAGGAGGAAUUGAAGGAGAGAACGAAGGCACGCACGUGAUUUCAGUGAUAGUUAAGAUAAGAUGUGGAAGUUGAAGUUAGCAGAAGGAGGAGAGAAUUUGGUUUCAGAGAAUAACUUCAUUGGAAGACAACACUGGGAGUUUGAUCCAAAUGCUGGAACACCUCAAGAACGUGCUGAGGUUGAAAGGCUGCGCCAAGAGUUCACAAAAAACAGAUUUUUCAUCAGACAGAGCUCUGAUCUCUUAAUGAGAAUGCAGUUAAAAAAAGAAAACAAUUUUCAAACGACUCUGGGAAAGGUGGAAGUCGGAGAUGAAGAGAACGUAACAGCAGGUAAUGAUUCUAUAUAUUACAGGAUCUCUUAACGUUGUUUUAGGAGCAGAACAUAAGAAGGAAAUUAUUCGGUAUUUGUAUAAUCAUCAGAAUGAAGACGGUGGAUGGGGACUACAUCUACUAAGUGAGAGUGGAAUGUUUGCAACAGCAUUGAGCUAUAUCGCAUUGAGAGUACUCGGAGAAGAUCCUGAAGACAUGGUAUUGGCCACAGCCAGAAAAUGGAUUCUUGAUCAUGGUGGUUUAGUUGCUAUUCCAUCUUGGGGAAAGUUUUGGGCCUCAGUAUUUGGAGUAUAUGAGUGGUCAGGCUGCAAUCCACUUCCACCAGAAUUAUGGCUUUUACCUAACUUCAGUCCUAUUCAACCAGGAUCCAUCAUGUGCUACACUCGCUUGAUUUACAUGCCUAUGUCAUAUAUAUUUGGAAAGAAGUUUGUGGGCCCUAUCACUGAAUUAAUCAAAUCCUUAAGAAAAGAACUGUACAAUGAACCUUAUGAUCAGAUCAACUGGAAUAAAGCUCGAAAUACAAUUGCUAAGGAGGAUCUCUACUAUCCGCAUCCUCUUAUGCAAGAUAUAUUAUGGGGUUUUCUUCAUCACGUGGGAGAGCCUCUGUUAAAGUGUUGGCCCUUUUCCAUGCUUAGAAAGAAGGCAUUAGAAAUAACCUUUAGUCAUAUUCAAUAUGAUGAUGAGAUUACUCAUUACCUUUGCUUUGGAGCAGUAGAAAAGGUACUAUCUUUACUUGUGCAUUGGCAUGAAGACCCCAAUUCGGAGGCAUACAAACUUCAUUUAGCUCGAAUCCCUGAUUAUUUUUGGGUUGCAGAAGACGGCUUAAAAAUUGUUGCUCUCGGCAGUCAAACGUGGGAUGUAGCUUUUUCUAUACAAGCAAUACUUGCUUGUGAUCUAAGUGCAGAGUAUGGGCCUAUGCUUAAGAAGGCACACCAGUUCUUGAAGGCUUCACAGAUUUGUGAAGAUCCCCCUGGUGACUUCAGCGCAAUGCAUAGGCAUAUUUCAAAAGGGGCGUGGCCAUUCUCUAUGCAGGAUCAUGGUUUGCAAGUCUCCGAUUGCACCGCCGAAGGGCUAAAGGCUGCACUUCUGUUGUCGAUGAUGCCAAGUAAUCUAGUUGGAGAAAAGAUGGACUCAAGAAGAUUCUACGAUGCUGUGAAUAUUCUUCUUUCCCUGCAAAGCAAGAAUGGUGGUUUUUGUGUUUGGGAGCCUCGAAGAACAUAUCAUUAGGUAGAGAAAUUCAAUCCAACUGAAAUCUUCGAAAAAUGUCUCAUUGAGUCAGAGUAUGUAGAGUGCACAGGAUCAGGAAUGCAGGCCUUAGCUCUAUUUAGAAAGCUAUAUCCAAAUCACAGAAGAAGGGAAGUUGAUAGUUCCAUUUCCAAAGCAAUCCGUUACAUGGAAAGCGUACAAAAUCCUGAUGGCUCCUGGUUCGGUAGUUGGGGGGUUUGUUAUACAAUAGGUGCAUGGAUGGGUGUAGAGGGACUGAUGGCUUGUGGAAAGAACUACCAAAACUGUCGAGCAUUGCGCAAAGCGUGUGAAUUUUUGCUGUCAAAGCAGCUUUCCAAUGGUGGCUGGGGUGAAAGUUACUUGUCAUCCUUAAACAAGGUGUAUACAAAUUUACCAGACAACCGUUCAAAUUUAGUUCAAACUUCAUGGGCUUUAUUGGCCCUUAUUGGGGCAGGCCAGGUCAGUAAUUUUAGCUCAAACAAUCAUCAUAAAAUUAUCAUCUCAUUAAAAAGAAUAUAUAUAUAUUAAGUACCAAAAAAAAAAGAAUAUAUAUUUUUACAAAAAAAAAAACCGAAUAUAUAUAGACACACGAUAAAGUAUUCUUUUGUUUCUAACAUU